UGUUAAUAAACAUUUAAUAUUUGUAGUUGUAAAUCCUGUUCGAAAAGAAUCCUUAACAAAAUGUUCAAGUUUGUUGCUGUGUUUGCUGCCUGUCUUUCCUACGCCACUGCUGGCCUUGUUCACCCCACAGCCUUUGCUGCUGCUCCCGCUGGCGUAGCUUAUGCCAAUGCUCCUUUGUAUGCUGCUGGUGGCAGUCAACAAGUAGAUGUUCGUCAAAAUUAUGAUGGCACUUUUUCCUCUUACACCACCAAUCCUUUCGGUUUUGCUGCUCCUUACUCUAGCCGUUAUGUAGCUGGUGCCCCUGCCACUUUCGCUGCUCCCGCCAAAUAUUUUGGCCCCGCUGGUGUAGCUGCUGCUCCUUUUGCUGCUGCUUCUCCUUAUGCUUCGCCUUAUGCCGCCCAUUUGGCCGCUGCUGCUUACAAUGCUUAUGCUAAUGCCUAUGCUGCUUCCCCAGUCUCAGCUCCAGUUGCUUAAGAUCAGAUCACUUGUACAAUUUGUAAAUAAUUAUGUUCCUCAUUGUUUGUUAUAAUUUAAGGAAAAUACAUAUUUAAUA